AGUACAGCGUCUAUUUUCUUUCAGAUUUCAGUAACGUGAUCAGUAAGAGUGAUGUCAAGUCGUUAGCUGAGGCCGACGAACAGGAAGUUGUGGCAGAAGUUCAGGAGUUCUACGGAGAUUACAUUGCUGUGAAUCCACAUGUUUUUUCUCUCAACCUCCUGGGCUGCUGCCAGGGUCGCAGCUGGGAUCCGGCGCAGCUCUCCAGAACUACUCAAGGGCUGACAGCUCUGCUUUUGUCCCUGAAGAAGUGCCCCAUGAUUCGGUACCAGCUCUCCUCCGAGCCAGCAAAGAGGCUGGCCGAAUGUGUCAAGCAAGUGAUCACUAAAGAGUAUGAGCUGUUUGACUUUCGGCGCACGGAGGUUCCUCCUUUACUGCUUAUUCUGGACCGGUCUGAUGAUGCUAUCACCCCACUUCUGAACCAGUGGACGUACCAGGCUAUGGUUCAUGAAUUGCUGGGCAUUAACAACAACCGUAUUGACCUCUCUCGGGUACCUGGGAUAAGCAAGGACCUCCGAGAAGUGGUUCUGUCGGCCGAGAACGACGAGUUCUACGCCAACAACAUGUACCUGAACUUUGCGGAGAUUGGCAGUAACAUCAAGAACCUUAUGGAAGAUUUCCAGAGGAGGAAACCUAAGGAGCAGCAGAAACUGGAAUCCAUAGCAGAUAUGAAGGCGUUUGUGGAGAAUUACCCCCAGUUCAAGAAGAUGUCGGGCACGGUAUCGAAGCACGUGACGGUGGUGGGAGAGCUCUCCCGACUGGUUGGGGAGCGGAACCUGCUGGAGGUGUCCGAAGUGGAGCAGGAGCUGGCCUGUCAGAACGACCAUUCCAGCGCGCUCCAGAGCGUGCGGCGGCUGCUGCAGAACCCCAAGGUGACGGAGCUGGACGCGGCGCGCCUCGUGAUGCUCUACGCGCUGCACUACGAGCGGCACAGCAGCAGCGGCCUGCCCGGCCUGCUCGCCGACCUCAGGAACCGGGGCGUCCCGGAGAAGUACCGCAAGCUGGUGUCUGCCGUGGUGGAGUACGGAGGGAAACGGGUGCGGGGCAGUGACCUGUUCAGUCCCAAGGACGCUGUAGCCAUCACCAAACAGUUCUUCAAAGGGCUGAAGGGUGUUGAGAAUGUCUACACGCAGCACCAGCCUCUCCUGCAAGAAACACUAGAUCAGCUCAUCAAAGGGAAGCUCAAGGACAGCCAGUACCCCUACCUGGGUCCCACCACGCUCCGUGACAGGCCCCAAGAUAUUAUUGUGUUUAUCAUCGGAGGAGCAACGUACGAGGAGGCGCUGACUGUGUAUAACCUGAACCGCACCACGCCGGGCGUCCGCAUCAUCCUCGGCGGGACCACGAUCCACAACACCAAGAGCUUCCUCGAGGAAGUCACAGCCUGCGGGUUCCGCGGCCGCGGCGCCGAGGGCUCGCAGGUUCCUCCGAGGUCCAGCAGCAGGCGGUGA